UAUCUCUUUCAAAGUUCAACGCCAAGUACUAGUUUGAGCGAUAUUUUUUCUUUUAAUAAUUUUUUUUUCUUCACAAAAUGGAUAUUUUCAAAUUCUCAAAUUACUUUGACUUUUGCAAUUCAUGUAGUUGGAGAAGAAGUCUUUUCUUAUUCAUGAGCCAGAUGUAUAAUUUCAGAUAUAUGAUGAUCAAAACUCAUAUUGAGUAGAGUAGACUAGCCCAAACUUUUGCAUUUAGGAAAGAUGAUUUUAUAUUACUCAUCCAAAUUUCAGAGAGAUUAAAAAACAAAGUUUUCUGUAUAUAUUUUGUGGCUCAGAUAUAUUUGCUUGACAUUGAUGUAAAAUAUAUGCGGGGAUCAACAAGUCUGCAGCCAUGGCAAAGCCAAGCUCUGUCUCUCUCUUUUUCCUUCUUCAUGUAGCUUUAGCAAUCUCGACUUGCGGCGGAAGCAAAUCUUGGCACUCAAAGCAGCAAGCUGCCUUCUUCAUAUUUGGAGACUCUUACUUAGACUCUGGCAACAACAACUACAUCAACACCACAACUCUUGACCAGGCCAACUUCUGGCCUUAUGGAGAAACCUACUUUAAGUUCCCAACUGGAAGAUUCUCCGACGGACGUUUGAUGUCAGAUUUUAUUGCUGAGUAUGCUCACCUGCCAUUUGUUCCUCCCUUUCUUCAACCGGGCUUUCACCAAUAUUAUGAUGGGGUGAAUUUUGCAUCUUCUGGGGCUGGUGCUCUGGUUGAGACGUUUCAAGGGUCGGUCAUCGAUCUUAAAACACAACUGAAGUAUUAUAAGAAGGUAGAGAAGUGGUUCAGACACAAGUUAGGCGAUGUCGAAGCGAAAGUGACACUUUCAAGAGCCGUCUACUUGUUUAGCAUUGGAACCAACGAUUACAUCAGCCCUUUCCUAACCAAUUCCCCCAUACUGAAGUCCUACUCUAAAUCACAAUAUAUUGGAAUGGUCAUUGGCAACUUGACAAGCGUUAUCCAAGAAAUUUAUGCUGGUGGGGGUAGGAAAUUUGGGUUCAUCAACUUGCCGACCUUAGGUUGUCUUCCGGGCAUGAGAAUAAUCAAGCCAGAAAACAAUGGUAGCUGCUUAAAAGAAGUUUCAUCACUUGCCAAGUUACACAACGACGAUCUCUCCAAACUUCUGAUUCAGCUAGGAAACCAGUUGGAGGGUUUCAAAUAUUCACUCUACGACCUGAGCGGGAAUCUUAGGCAGAGAACCAGACAUCCCUCCGAAUAUGGUCUCAAGGAAGGAAAAGCAGCAUGCUGUGGGACAGGGCAGUAUAGAGGGGUGUUCAGCUGUGGAGGAAAAAGAAUAGUGAAGGAGUUUGAAUUGUGUGAGAAUCCAAAUGAACAUGUGUUCUGGGAUUCUCUCCAUCUCACUGAAAAGGUCUACAAGCAAUUGGCCUAUCAAAUGUGGAGUGGUCGGCCAUGGGAUUCCAAUGCCACGGGUCUAUACAGUCUCAAGGAUCUCUUCCUCCAAGGCUUCUAAUUAAAUCCUUGCAUCAAAUCACAAAUUGUGACAUAUUAAAUAUUAAAUUAUUAGUCUUUUUUGAAGUGGUACAUUUGAUGUAACGCGCUCAUUCCACCAGAAUUAUGACAUGUGACUUUGAACAUUUCAAUCUUUGGUAAAUUAAAAUUAAAAUUAGAUGGAGCAGCUUAGCUGUAGUUGAAGAUUAGACAUGUAUCUUUUGCUACUUCGGUUGACCACC